GAAUAAAUUACACAUAAUAGUACAAUUGGUUAGAGCGCUGUAAAACGGCAGCCAUCUUCUCCGGCGCCAUUCUCUAAUCUUCUCUCUAUCCUAGUCCAGGGGAGUAAUCAUUAGUCCAAACAAAAACAAGAGUUUAUUUUGGACAAAUUCAGGUAGAUCCCUCCCCGUUUUGUUAAGUUUACUCCCGUUUAAGAAAUGUUUUGCAACAGAAUCAGCCUAAUGAAUAGGCACAGUUGAGGUUCAACUUUUACCAGGGUAUUGUUUUCCAGGGGGAGGGCAGAAGGAGAGUUCCCAUGUUUUGUUGCCUUUCAUGUUUCCUCUCCAAUCAGCCGUGAGGGGGAGUUUCCUUUCCUCUAUUUCACUGCAAAACAAUGAAACCCUUUGAAGGGAGAGAAAUUGGAUCAAUCCUCAGUGCCUUCUGUGUUCUUUUAGGGUCGGUAUCUUCUGGCAAGUUUUCAUUAUGAUUGACAGGUAAUCUAGGCCUGUCAGUGUCAAACACAGGGGCCGGAAUAACAACAGAAAAUAAAAAAGGUUUAGAUAAUAGAUCUUAAACAGAAAACAGUAUAAUUUUGUACAAUAUAUCCUUGAAAAACAGUGAACAUAUGAGUUCCUCUGUUAGACAGGGAAUUACACUGAGAAGUUAGCACAAUGAUGCUAGUGGAGAACAAUAAUUUAUUAUCGUAAGGAACACAUAGUUCCUUUAAAUACUGUCAUUGAUCUAAUUAUUUCUACUGUUACCUGCUUCAGAUAAAGUAGUUAUUGCAUGUACAAGCAAAUACUCUGGAUCAGUGUUCCUUUUAAUUGGUUCAAAUGUAUUUGGUGGUAUAGCACAAGAGAACAAGGAUGGGGUCUGAAGAAUGUGUGUAUGGUCAAGUAUCUAUUCUAAAUCAUUGUGGUUGGGGCAUGAACGAUUGGUGUUGGAUUUCGUCCUUGGAAAGCCUUAUUAUCCCCUCUCGAAAGUACUACAAAUUGAUAAAUGUAUGUAUUAAUGCUAUAAUGCUUUUGAUGUACACAUUCCUGCUUUCAGUUCAUAAGAAGAAAAACAUGUUACUUUGUAUUGUCAGAGUAAUAGGCUACUGUAAUGGCAACUGGUGAAAAACACUAAUACAAGUUUGUCAUGUUUUCCUUGUUUGUCGGGAAAUGUAACACACACACACACACACACGUACCUGUUUCUAUCCUAGUCCAAGAGUUUAUAUUGGACAAAUUCAGGUCGAUCCCUCCGCGUUAUGUCCAGUUUGCUCCCGUUUAAGAAACGUUUUGCAACAGAAUCGGCCUAAUGAAUAGGCCCAGUUGAGGUUAAACUUUUACCAGGGGUAUUUUUUUCCAGUGGGAGGGCAGAACGAGAGUUCCCAUGUUUCGUUGUCUCAUUUUUCCUCUCCAAUCAGCCGUGAGCGGGCGUUUUAAAAGGCGUUUCCUUUCCUGUAUUUCACUGCAAAAAACAAUGAAACCCUUUGAAGGGAGAGAAGUUUGAAGACAGACGGGACAAUCCUCAGUGCCUUCGCCUGUGUUCUGUAGCUUGAGUUCACAAUUUUGUCAACUUCAAAGCCACAACGAUUUGUGUUGAAUCUCUUAUUUCGAAUGGAAUUGUAGAAAUGUUCGUCGACUUAUGGAGGAUUUAAAUAGCAUGCAGUAAAAUAGUAGGCUAUUUUGUUUAGAAACGCUGUGGGUUACCCACAGUCGUAAACUGUAGCCAAGCAAAAGAAGUUGAUGCAAGCCAAUUGCCGUCGGCGGAGUUGCCUGGUCAUUGGGAAACUACCCGACGUAGAGGAUCAAUUGCAUUCAAGGAAAGACACCUGAGUUGGAAAAACAUUUUAUCUACAGUUCUGCAAACUCAUCGCGCAGUAGGCUAAAACCUUGUUUGGCAGCGGGUCGUUUAUUUUGUUUUUAAGGACUUUUUUGUAAAGCGAUGGUGGGCAGACUAAACUUGCUGAAUGUAUGUUACGACGACCCAUUGGACAUGAGCUGCAAAGCCGAGCGGGGACUUGACAGCCCGGACUCCGGACUACCCCCCAGCCCCAGUCCGAGCCACUGGCUGCUGCCUGACUGCGGGGAUAAAGGUGCCAUAAGCCCUGUGUCUGAAGACGAGAGCAGAGGGUCAUCCUUGGUUCCCAUUUUAUCGAUUGGAUCUGUUCCGCAGCUGCACACCUUGUCCUACGGGGAGGGCAUAGAACUUGAUCCACUACCGCCCAAGAAAAUACGAUACACGUCGUCUAUCCACUAUGACUCAGAACGUCACUUUAUCCACGACAUGGCCAUGCAGCCCAGAGGCCUGGGUCUGGAGAACUGCAGCCAGAUGGUCCUGGCUGUCCCUCACAGCACCUGGAGACACUACAAGACCCAGCUGGACCUCCAGCCUCGGCAACGGGCCCAGCGCUUCCAGAGCACCACUAUCGUGUACCCCAAGCACGCUCGCACCAUCUACACCACAGAGCUGAGCUACGACAGCCGCCGGCUAGCCAGGAGAUUCAUGUCGAGCGUGGAGCUGGAGGCUGCUGACCGGAGUAGGCUAACCCAGUGAGGUUAGGGGAAGGCUGUGCACGGCCUGGGGGAGAAGUCCCAGGGCCCUGUGGGGCCCAACCAUCCAACAGGCUGACGCCACCCGUGGACCCAAGUUACAGACAGUCGUCUAUUAGUUUAGAUUGGAAAGCAUCGUAGCCCAUGUUUGAGUACCAGGAAGAUGGAAGCCAUAUCUGGAGUAUCAAACAAAUAGCAGGGACAUCUGAGUAAGGCUGCCAUCUACCAAAGGGUUUAUCCAUUAGUAGCUAGUAAAGAGUUUUCUCUGGUAUGUCAAAGUUGGAUUCAUUUUAAUGCCGAGUGUUGAACUGUGGACUGAGACCGGUGAUUGUGUAUACUAUCGCCAUGGAGAAACGUAUAAACCAGAUUUGGAAGUGAAGGAUUGUAAGGGAAGUGUAGUCGGGACCAUCACUGUCAAAACAUUGUGUUUAGGCAUAACCAUCGCAGUGGGGCUCAAUGAACAAUGAGCCUACAUUAUAAGAUUCUAAGGCAAUAGUGGAGUUUCCAUGUGGUUUUUGUAAGCAUUCACAUUUGUAGGCACACAGGGAGUUGUCAAAUUACUGUAUAUGACUGGGCUUUAAAAUGUCUCUUCAAAUCACAGGGUAUUAUAGGGUAUUUGUUGCACAAUGUUACUUACCACAAGCAGAAUAUCCUUGCCUGGAUAGUGUAACACUGAGCCAUGUAUAGAGAUGUAUGAUCCUGGUGUAACACCAAACCCCAUCUUAGUCUUGCCUAAACAAACACAUUGUCAUCUACUGUAAGUAUGGUCAUGGAGCAGAAAGCCACAGCUUAUUUUCAUAUUGUGUAAAAGGGUUGCAAAUUACAGCAAGUUCUGUGUUGAACGUUGGGACAUUUCUUAUUUCCACAGAGAUCGUUGCAAAUUGAGGAAGUUGGUAAUGAGUAGCGAGAGAUUAUCCAAUGUGGCAUUAUUGUUCUCAGUUAUAAAGCUUUAGCAUUUUCCUGAUGGUGAAGUAUUGUUUUUACUAACACCUUGUGAACUGUCCCUCAACGGUUCAUUCUCUUCACCUAUCCCCUUAUGGUUGCUUCCACAGGUUUUGUUUUGUUAUGUAUUUAUUUGAUGCUCAUCAACUCCUUUUGGUAGCCUAAUAGUAAUACACGGGUAUCUUCCCUCAAGGUCCUACAAGGAUACACAUCUAGAGAACCUGAACUAUCUUGUGAGAUACCCAAAGUGCCUUAUUGAAGUAAAAUGGUAUUGCUUUUAAGCUCUGUUUUUAGUGUCUGUUUGAAAUAAAGACAAACUGUCUUUUUAUAUCAGA